AUUUCUGCGCUUAGUUCAGGAGAGAGGGGGACUGGUGUUUUACUCCGAGCCAGCUACUAUAAGGCUAAAUCACGGCAAGGCAGCCAGCCCUAUAAUCAGAUGUCACAUGCAGAGAAAGAACAGCGUGCCCGAGAUGAGAGCUGAACCCUGACAUCCAACCUUCCCUGUAUUGAUGAAUGUCGCUAUCGAAUGACAGCUGCGCGGCAUAUUUAAUUAAGGAAGUAAAUCGCGGUAGAAGAAACCAUGGCGUUUUUGCUUGAUUUUCAUUUACUUGCACAAACUGUUGUGUAUUUCACAUCCAUUGUCUGCGGUCUUGCCAUUUCGAUUCCAAUUGGAGUUACGAAGACCAGCUUUGACAAACAGUGCUUGCUGUACACAGAAUUCCAGUGGAAAAACAGUACCUUCUUCCUUGCAAAAUUUGGAGAUGCUGGAUCAUGUAACUUUAUCAUUUUUGCAAGUGUUUUUGUGGGCAUCUUCUAUCCACUAGGAUUGGGAAUACAAUAUGUUUACGCCCUCACCAGGAAAAAUCCAAAUAUUGGGUCUCAGAUGUGGGUUCUGCCAUUUAUUCUCUCAAAUUGUGUUGCUGCUGUCUUGUUCUUCAUUGGGGCAUGCAUCAUCAGUGUGGGAUUAAAGUCAUUAUGUGAUUCAUACUUAAAAAGACCUGAACCAUAUUUUGAAAGCUGUGCUGAUGCAGACAAAUCCCGAUGGUAUAAUAAUGAUGGCUUGUUAGUUACCCGAGGCUCAUUCUAUUCCUACCUUCAUGCAGCUGAGGUAGCAAGUUGGGUAAUGGUCUUUGUAUGGGCAAUACAAGUCGGUCUUGGAGUUUUUAGACUCUACAAAAACCGUCGUCAACACUCAGCAGAUUCUGCACAAGUAACUUCUGAGGGAAAGGAAGGAAAUCUGAAAGCUAUUGCAGCUGAUGUUUAGAAAUACUAAACUACGGCCACUACUCAUCUCUGUAUAAAAAAAAAUCACAUACAUUUAAAGAUCAAUAUCAGAAAUCAACUUUAAGAUCCUGGUGAGAUUAUAGAUGUCAAAUUUCAUGUACACUUAAAGUCAUCCAUUAAAGGAAAAAGUUUUCUCCACAACCUGAACAUUUUUAAAGAUCUGGCUUUCUAAUGCACAUCCUUCUAAUACUAGAAGAAAUGAAAAAUUAUAUGUUAUAAAAUAGCCAUAUACUUGGAUGUUUUGUAAUUUUUCAAUGUUUACUAGAACUCAUAUGUUACACCAGAAUUUUGUGGUACUUAGAAAACUGGGCUUUCUACUUUUUUUGUCACAAACAGCAGACCAUAAGUAAAAUCCACUGGUAUGGCUGUACUGAACAGUAUUCAUGCAGAUUUAUUCUCAAGGUGCUCUUAGUUUUCUGCAGAAUAACUUUCAUGGAUAGUAUUUUUUUUAAUGACAAUUAAAAGAUCUGCUGGCAAACUUUUUGUAAUAUAAAAUAUAUAUACGUUGACAUUUUUUCUUUUUUACCUUAUGUUAUUGGUCAUAUUGAGCUUUACAAGAGUUUCCUACAACAGGUUGUAAACAAUGCUAUUUUUUAAAAAAUGCAACUGGUUCAUUUUUGCUAGUGUUUUAUAUCAGUUUUGCCCAUUGUUAUAUCUUUGUGGCCUUCUGCGGUAAGCAUUCAUUGUGUGUACAUUUUUAGUAUUCUUGCUUUUUUAUAAUGUAAAUAUCUGUGCCAAAGUAACAAUGACGAUAUUGUUGAGCAAUUUAUUAUUAUUUGAUGGAACUAUUAGUAACACCUAUACAACAGGAAGUAAAUUCUAGACAUAAAUAUGAUAGCAUGGAUCAUGCCUUUUAAAUAUUGCUUCAAAAGAACAAUAUUCAAAAGUCUUUUUAUUUUGGUACCAAUAUAUAUCUGCUUAUUGUCCCAGCUCAAGUACAAAUUUUUACAAGCAUUAUAAGUAACAUUUACAUUUUUUCAAGAGGAUUGUUUAUUAAAUUACUUUU